UGUGGAAACCCCGUGCCGCAAAGGGCAUUUUGAAUGUGCUAGCUAGCUAGUUAACGUUGUGCUAUCGUUUAGACAGCUUCGCUGAAUUUGCUUUUUGGUGAUCAAUACUGAUGCACAAUCGGUUUGAUUACCAUAUUAGCUGAUCUGGAGCUGAGAUAUUGUACUUACGUUGUUUUUUUUGUUUGUGUUUGAGUCCUCUGGUCUUUUGUUUUGGUAUCGGAGGCCAUUUUAGGCCGUUUGGUGGUCAGGCCUUCCUGCUUCACUAGCUAACGCUGAAUAUCUAAAGUAGGUUCAUUUUCGCGCUCGUUCUGCGUUUGGAUUCCACUCAUCGGACAUUUGGAGAACAUUUGGAGUGGACAUCAGGGUUCUUGUUCGCCAGGACUGCGUUUUUGAAUCUUUUGGACUGUAUUGGACUCAGCCCCGGGCUAAUCCGGACGGUACCGUCACCCCAGCCUCGGGCUAAUCCAUAUCGCACGUUGGGACUUGGUAGAACCACGGAGCAAACACGAACUGUAAUAGUUUUCGUGGACACUCGACUCGACCCGGAGGAAAACCUUGAAUGUUGAUAUAGUUUCGGUUGUUGCGGACUAAUAUUAGUGUUUCGCAAUUCGAUCAUCUCUGCGCGUUUCGACUGGAUCUAAGCGCCUGGCGUCCGGUUUCGCUGACUGAUUUAUUAGCUAGCUGAGCUAGUAAGCGAUGGUGCCUGUGAUGACUUAAAUGGGGUUGAAUGGGUUGUCGCACAUUAGAGGCUGGCCAGCCAACUUCUUUGUUGGUUUGACAAAGGGAACAUUUCUUUAACCAGCACUGCGAAUUGUACUUGGUUUUGAUUGUGUUGAUUUUUAAUCUAGCUGGAAGAAUUGUGUAAACAUGUCUUGUGUUCAUUAUAAGUUUUCCUCCAAACUCAACUACGAUACGGUCACCUUCGACGGACUUCAUAUCACGCUGAGUGAUCUGAAACGGCAGAUCAUGGGCAGAGAGAAGCUGAAGGCCGCCGAUUGCGACUUGCAGAUCACAAAUGCCCAAACUAAAGAAGAAUACACAGAUGAUGGAGCCCUCAUCCCCAAAAAUUCGUCUGUCAUCAUUAGACGAAUUCCAAUUGGUGGAGUAAAGGCAUCUACUACCAAAACAUUUGUUAUUGAUCGCUCUGAACCUGCAGUUGGAUCUUCGAAAGCAAUUGAUGAUUCUCCAUCCAUUUCUCUGGCCCAGCUUUCAAAGACCGCCAACCUGGCAGAAGCAAACGCGUCGGAGGAAGACAAGAUCAGAGCAAUGAUGUCUCAGUCCAAUCAUGACUAUGAUCCAAUUAAUUACGCAAAGAAAGUUGCGGGACCGCCUCCUCCAAACUACACUUGCUUUCGAUGUGGGAAAAAUGGGCACUACAUUAGAAACUGCCCCACCAAUGGGCAGGACAAAAGUUUCGAAGCCCCUCAGCGGAUUAAAAAGAGUACUGGGAUUCCUCGGAGCUUUAUGGUGGAGGUGGACGAUCCGAGCAUCAAAGGCGCCAUGCUGACCAACACUGGAACAUACGCUAUUCCCACCAUCGAUGCGGAGGCCUAUGCAAUCGGGAAGAAGGAAAAGCCCCCGUUCCUGCCGCAGGAGCACUCCUCUUCCUCGGAGGAAGAUGACCCUGUGCCUGAUGAACUGCUCUGCCUGAUCUGUAAGGACCUCAUGACGGACGCCGUGGUCAUCCCCUGCUGCGGGAACAGCUACUGCGAUGACUGUAUUCGGACGAGUCUGCUGGAGUCAGAGGAGCACGUCUGUCCAACUUGUAAUCAGUCUGAAGUUUCCCCUGAUGCUUUGAUUGCCAAUAAAUUCUUGCGCCAGGCCGUGAACAACUUCAGGAACGAGACCGGUUACACCAAGCGGAUGCGUAAAGCGGCGGCAGCCGCCGCCGCCGCCGCCGCUCAGUCUGCCAGUCCCGCCGCCUCGUUGCAGCCCCGCCCGCCGCGCCACGCCCAGCCGCCACGCCCCGCCCAGCCCCUCAGGCCCCCUAACUCCCGGCAGCAGGACCCGCUCUUGGCUAACGUUCCGCGGCCUGCUGCGGCCCACACCCCACCCCAGAGCCUCUCGGCAGCUGCCCCGCCCCCUUCUGUGUCUCUCCAGGGCUCCAGCACACCCCCCUCUGGCAGCAGCUCCAGCGCGUCCCCGUCUGGCAGUACUUCCUCUCUUGCCGGGAGCACCAGUGCUCCGGCGGCUGCUAGCUACGGUGUGGCACUGUCCCUCCAGCAGCAGGCCAGCAAACAGGAAGAGCCACCUAUGCCCAAAGAGCCAGACGUCUCGGCACCAUCAGCUGUAGUUGCCUCAGAGGCUCCACUGCCAACCCCACUUAUUCCAAAGGGGUACCAUGUUCCUGUGAUUGGUCAGCCACACGCUCUCCCUCACCCUACUCCCAGAGCAGGACCCAGACCUAGUGGACCUAGACCGGCUGCAGCCCGACCUGCGUGGGAGCCGUCCCCAAACAGAGGCAGGGCCCCCAGUGAAAGACCCCUAAGAGCUCAGCUUCCACUUGUCCAGCCUCCACCUGUAGCUCCGCCUGUAUACGUGCCCCCCCUCUUUCCUCCUCCGCAGCACACCAUGCCACAGCCCCCUGGGGUGGUGCCGCAGCAGUACCCUCUGCAGUAUCCCCCAGGACAACAACCCCCUCCCCCUUACACCGUACCCCCUCCUGGGUACCCCCCGGCCCCGGCCAACGUCCCGGCUCCAUGGGUACCCCCGGGUACGCAGCCCUCCCUGCCCAACCCCAUCCCCUCCAUGACAUCUGCACCCUUCCUGUCCAAGGAGGAGUUCUACAGGCAGCAGCGUCGACUGAAGGAAGAUCCCCACUGUCGAUUCGUUACCAGGGAGAAGUCUAAGCUUGAGGAAUUUACCAACGACUUUGCCAAAGAGUUACUGGAGUAUAGAAAGAUCCAGAAGGAGAGAAGACGAUCCUAUUCUAGGUCCAAAUCUCCAUACCGUGGUUCUUCCUACAGCGGCUCAUCCUGCUCCUAUUCCAGGUCCCGCUCCCGCUCCCGUUCCCCGCGGUCCUACUCGCGGUCUCUUACUCGCUCUCGCUCCAGGUCGCGCUCGCGCUCGCGGUCACGGUCCCGCUCUUACUCGCCGUACUCCCGCCGGGGCCGCGGGCGCAGCCGCAGCUACCGCUCCAGAUCACGCACGCCCCCCUACCAUCGCUCCCGCACCCGUUCUCCCUCAUACAGGGGGCGGGAUGGGGCCGGGGUGAGCAGCGGCAUCUACCGCUCUCGCUCCAGAUCGCCUGUCUACAGGGGCCACAGCCCCGGCAAGAAGCUCCCACCGGGCUCGCAGCUGGAGGCAGACCGCAAGUACCCGGGGAGGUACAGGGAGAUUCCUCCUUACGAUGCAAAGGCGUACUACGGCCGAGCGGUGGAUCAAAGCGACCCCUACGAGAGGGAACGGUACCGCGAGUGGGAAAGGGAGUACAGAGAAUGGUAUGAAAAGUACUUCAAGAACUACGACGCCCCACAGGGCAGUCAGGUCAGAGGUCGUGGCCCAGGAGGUAGAGAUCCAUACUCCCCCGAGCGGUUUGCUCCGCCCAGACCCAGGGACAACUCCCCCUACAACCGGGGGCGCCGGGACGAAUACCCGCCCCACACCCAGGCUCACGGGGUGCCCCCAAGAGGCCGUCCGUUGACGUACCAGGAGAAGUGUGCAGAGAAGUAUGGUCACCUCCAUCUGAACAAUGCAGGCGCCGCCCGGGGUGUGAGCAGAGAGUCCCUGAAACCCACCAAAGAACGGGAGCCCAGUGCAAGUGCAGCGGCAGACUCCAAAGGCUUGAAGCACAAGAAACACAGGAGAAAGAGGAAGGGCGAGGAUGGCGACAUGUUCAGCCACUCCGACUCCAUGGACGAGGCAAAGAAGGAUGAGCGCAAGGGCGACUCUGUGCUGAUGAACUCGAGCCGCGAUGAUGCCACUCCGGUCAGAGAUGAGCCGAUGGACAGCGCGGCAGUGCCGUACAAGAGCACUUCAGACAAGGAGAAAAAAGAGAAGGCCAAAAGCAAAACGGAAAAAGUCAAGCGCAAAACCGAAAGUGGCACGCAAAAGAAAGACGUGCCGGGAAAGAGUUGUAAGCCUGCAAAAGAAAAGGAAGUGGAGACGGCACGAGAGAAAGUGGCUUCUACUGAACCAGCCAUUAAGAGAAUCAAAGAAGAGCCGACUCAGAAGAUGGACGCAGCCAAACCACAGCCAUGUGAGAAACUCAUGCUGCCCCGAAAGCUAAUGCAGCCUAGACCCGUCAAACACCACCAAGAGCAGAAGCCUGUCAAAGACGAGCUGAAAGUUAAGAAGGAACCAGUCAAAGAGUUGGUGAAAACAGAAAAGCCUCUACCGAAAGAUGGGAAGCCCAAGCUGGAGAAGCCGGUCAAAAUGGAGGAGAAAGCCGUUAGCAAAGCCAGUGAGACGAAGGUGGAGAAAAGGAAACGCAAAGAUGAAAAGCCAUUUGCGAAGGACCUGGAACCUCCUCCGAAUAAAUCCCCAAGGGUGGAAACUGUCGAAAUGGUCAAAGGCUCCCCGAAACCCAAACCUAAGGCUGAAGGUGAGAAGCCUGUCGAGCGAGAGAGACCGGCGAUACCGUCUCUGAUGGACAUAAAGCCCGAGCCUGUGAGAAAGAUCAAGCUCAACCGUGAGAUUGGGAAGAGGAUCACCAGCACUGAGCGGGUUGUGGAAGUUGAGGAGCCCAUUCCUGGUAUUCCUGGGAAGAGUAGACUUGACCCAAAGCCCAAGACUAAGGCCCGGCGGAGGGUGAAUGCGCCAGAUGGAACAGAGUCCAUGUUGGUUGAUUACACCAGCACCAGUUCUACAGGUGGCAGUCCUAUUAAGAGGCACGAGGAGAAACAGGACUUGAAGAAAACUGUGGUGAAGACCCUGGAGGAGUACACCAAUGACAGCUCUACGCCUGCUGAGGAUGAAAUUGUCUUGAUUCAGGUGCCCCGUUCCAAGUGGGAGAAGGAGGACUACGAAUCUGAGGAGGACGAUUCCAAGGCCAUCACCUCUUCUGGAAGUGGCGGUCUGGCUACUGUGAGCUCCGCUCCUGCUGUGGAUAACGCUGCUUCGAAAUCUAGUGACAAAGAGUCUACCCGUGUGGAGAAACCCAUCUACGCUGCUAAAGAUGGUCAAGCUGAGGUCAAACCUGCCAAGGAGCUGCCGCAGAGCGAAUUGGAGAAAGAUGGUGAGCGGGAAAGAGACAGGGGCAGGGAAAGGGAACGCAGCACCUCCGAUCGGGAGUCCUCAGACAAAAGGAAAGCCGCAAAUGCAAAUCACGACCGGGAUCGUGUGCAGGAGAGAGGCAGCGACCAUGGCAGCGAGAGGAGCUCCUCCUCUCAGUCCUCCAGAGACAGGCCAGGGGAUCGCUCUGCACCUGCGUCCAGGAAGCCACCUGGUCGGGAGCACAGCACCAGCCUCCCUGACAGAAAACUGGAUCAUCGAAGCAGUGCAAGAGAGCACUCAGACUCCCGACAGAGAGACAGCAAGCCUAGAGACCCACUCAGGAGGAAGGAAUCGCCACCUCCGCCCUCUAGGUGUAAGGAGCGGGAAGUGCACACGGACAUGGCGAGAGUUCCUGCAAUUUCCCAGGAGUCAAAAAGGGCUGAACACAGUCCUCCUGGGAACCGGAGAGCUUUAUCUCAGGCUGCCCCGGAGCUUAAAAGGGCUUCGGAGGACCACAGAAUUGAUCGACCUGUACAGGGCACCAGGCACCCUGACGGUCGUCCCAUAAAAGAUACUGAGCGCACUGGGCACAAAGUUUUGCCAAGGACAGUGUCCCCAGAGCCCCGGGCUGACACCGAAAGAGGGGCCGUUCACCCGGACAGAGAGCACCCAAAAGUCAAGCCCCCAUCUGUGCGUUCGACGCGGCUGUCCUCAGACCUCACGAGGGAGACGGAUGAGGCAGCGUUCGUUCCAGACUACAGCGAAAGCGAAAGUGAGGCCUCCGAACCUGACAGCAAAGCAGAACUUAGGGAAAGGGGGCGUGACAGUAGCGUAAGCCCAGCCCACAGCCAGAGUGCCAGCCCCUCAGGUAGCCAUGCCCACAGCAGCUCUCCCAGCUCUCCAGGAAGCCAGGACAGCAAGAAGAGAAAGAAAGAAAAGAAGGACAAGAAAGAAAAGAAAAAGCACAAGAAACACAAGAAACACAAAAAACACAAGAAGCAUUUGAGUAAUGAAUCUGAGUCAGAGCCCAAAGGACAGAAACACAAGCAUAAGAAAAAGAAAUCUAAAAAGAGUAAAGAUAAGGAGAAGGAAGAGAGAGACAAGGAAAGAGAGGAGAGGGCCAAAGAGGAACCAAAAGAGAAGGUUCCUGUUUGAGGCCAUAUGGAACUCAAUUUAGUCAUUUUCAAACCCUAAUGGUACAGCAACUUUAAAAAAAUACUGAGUUUUACAAAGGCAUUUCUGGUUAUUGUAAAGACGACUGUUCAGAUUACUUUGGUCUUUAUUUACUUUUCUGUAGAAAGAAAAAGUUGAGAAAUAUAAUCAUAAUGUGCUAGUCUCUGCCACUUUGAGAGUAGCUGCUUUGAACAAUGAAGGCCAAUAUGUUGAUCUACUUUUUUAUGCAUACUGCUUUCUCCCCACCCCCCACAACACUUCUCAUAUGGUCAUGGUUUCUAUUAAGACAGCCGUAGAGGAGGCACUUUAGAGAGUAAUGUGAACAUUAAUGUGACUGCAGUUUGCAGGAGAGUUUGCGCCCUCUGGUUCCACAUCUCCCUCCAACACCCAGAAACGGAAAAAAACAUAUCGUUACACGAUUAUGACAAUGAUGAAAUGUUGUUACUGUUGCAGCUGGGUAUAGUGCUGAUCUAGCACAGGGCACAUCGUCUGCUUGUGAGUUUUGCACUGUGAAUAUUUCCUCUACUUUCAAGUUUUUAUUUUCCAUUGCAGUCUCAUGAUGGUUAAUUUAAAUUACCAGCUGAAAAAUGAAAUGGUUUCUUUUUUGAAGAUAAUAAAUUGAGCAAAAUAUCAAA